GGAAGUAUUAGAAUCCAUUCCACCAGUCGAGCCACAUGGCAUUGAAAAUUUGAAAUACUGCCCUCCAUUCACACUUCACUGUCUAUAUCAACUAUUGACAAAGAAGGAAAUGGAACAGCAGUUCACCUAUUUCAACUGCAAGGUUAGUUUUCGUAGUUCACUCUAAAUUUUCCUCUGUCUUCUCCACCCAAUCAUAUCCCCUUCUCUGCUCCUGAUUCCUCAUCACUUGUUAACUCAAAGAAGUGGGUAAGCAUGCAUCUGCCUUUUCUCCACUUGGUCAUCAUCGUGCUCCUGAUUCCUUGGCCCUUCAGUUCAGUGCUUCUGUGCGCACCUGUCAGUGUGCUUGUCCCUGGCAUGAGACUCGCUCCUGGCAAAACUCUCACCUCGGACCAAGGUUCGUUCGCCUUAGGCUUCUUUACCCCCUCAAAUUCAACUGAAAAUACAUAUGUUGGCAUAUGGUUCAACGAUAUCCCAUUGCGCACCAUCGUCUGGGUUGCCAACCGCGAUAAUCCGAUCACUGAUGCUUCAUCCGCGAUGCUUACUAUGACCGGCAACUCUAGCCUUAUGUUGUCUGAAAACAAUGGCCACCACAUACUUUGGAUGGCAAACACAAUCACUGGCAGCAACUCUUCGGCCAAACUUCUCAACAAUGGCAAUCUUGUAGUCCUAUCAUCAGACAGUGACAUGUUAUGGCAGAGUUUCGAGAAUCCAAGCGACACCAUCCUUGCUGGCAUGCCUAUGCGGGCGACCCACAAGACACACCCACCAUGGCGGAUCAUCUCUUGGAAGGGCCCUGAAGACCCGUCAAAAGGCAGGUUCUCUGUUGGGAAUGACCUUGACACUCCCCUACAGUCCUUCAUCUGGAAUGGGUCAGUGCCAUACUUCCGUGCUGCUGUGAGGAACGGCUAUGUAUCCUCCAACGUGGGCCUCCAGGCAGUUAGUCCACUCAUGUAUUUGACGAUUUACAUGGGCACCAAUGGCGAGACCUAUUCAACAUUUGGACUAUCAGAUGGCUCCUCCAGGAUAUUUUACAAGGUUGACUACUCUGGAAAGACCACGAUAUGGAGAUGGAAUACCAGCUUAACAGAUUGGACCCUCAUUACAUCGUGGCCAGCUUACCGGUGCAAUCUCUAUGGAUACUGUGGUGCAUAUGGCUACUACGACAACACACAGGGAAUUCCUACAUGCAAGUGCCUUGCUGGAUUUGACCCUAGUAACAAAACAGAGUGGGUUGGAGGCAUUUUUUCUCAUGGUUGCCGGCGAAAGGAGGAACUGCAGUGUGGUGGACAGGACAAUUUCCUGACCUUGCCAGCAAUGAAGGUGCCAGACAAGUUUGUACGCCUGUGGAACAAAAGCUAUGAUGACUGCAAAGUGGAGUGCAGCAGAAAUUGCUCAUCUGUAGCAUAUGCUUAUGCUAAUCUAAGCACCACCUACAUUGAUGGGGAUGCAACAAGGUGCCUGAUGUGGACCGGGGAGCUGAUUGACGUGGGGAAGGGUGCCAUUGGCAAUGAGAACCUAUAUCUCCGGCUUGCUGCCUUGUCAAGGAAAGGGCAAAAGAGCAUCGUAAUAAAAGUUAUACCAGGAAUUUCAGCAAGUGUGUUGCUGAUACUUCUAUUGGCAUGCCUUGUAUGGUCCUGCAAGUUUAAAGGAAAACAUGACAAGAAAGGAAGACCAAAGAGACUGAUAAUGGGGGAUUUGCGCAGUAGUGAUGGACUCGGAGAGGAAACUCAUGAACUUCCAUUUAUUAGCUUUGAGGAAAUAGUUGCUGCAACAAACAACUUCUCUAUGUCCAAUUUGCUAGGAGAAGGCGGCUUUGGUAAAGUUUACAAGGGGCUCUUCCAUGGCAACAAAGAAGUUGCUGUUAAAAGGCUCAGUAGAGGUUCUGGGCAGGGGGCAAUAGAGUUUAGGAAUGAAGUAGUCGUGAUUGCUAAACUGCAACACAAAAACCUUGUAAGGCUUGUCUGUUAUUGUGUGCAGGGCGAUGAAAAGCUACUUAUUUAUGAGUAUCUGCCAAACAGAAGCCUGGAUACCACUCUUCCUUUUCAAUUCUGAAAAGAAGCCAAUGCUUCACUGGCCAACACGAUUCAAUAUAAUCAAAGGAGUAGCUAGAGGACUACUCUAUCUACAUCAAGACUCAAGACUGAUGAUAAUUCAUAGGGAUCUGAAAACAAGCAACAUUUUGCUAGAUGGGAAUAUGAAUCCCUAGAUAUCUGAUUUUGGCAUGGCAAGAAUCUUUGGUGGAGAUGAGCAACAAGCGAACACUAACCGAGUUGUCGGAACAUACGGUUAUAUGUCUCCGGAAUAUGCAAUGGAAGGCCUCUUUUCUGUUAAGUCUGAUGUUUAUAGCUUUGGAGUGUUGCUCUUGGAAACUGUAAGUGGUCUAAGGAUUAGCUCAACCCAGAACAUCAAUGAGUUCCCCAACCUUAUAAUAUAUGCAUGGAGUCUAUGGAGGGAAGGGCUAGCAAUGGAUUUGGUGGAUCCAUCAGUUUCAGAGAGUUGCUCGAAUGAAGAGGCUUUAUGUUGCAUUCAUGUUGGGCUCUUGUGUGUUCAGGAUGAUCCGGAUGUCAGACCAGUCAAGUCAACUGUUGUAUCAACGUUGGAGAGUAGAAGCACACCAGUUGCAACGCCUGAUAAGCCACUGUAUUUUUCUCGGAGGAAUAAGGUAGCAAAGAGAGCAGACUACGGUCAGGACUCUGUGGAUAUGGAAGCCCUUACAGUACUGGAGGGGCGAUAGGGUCUCGAAGUUUUCAAGUUCCACCCGUGCACUGUUUCCUGUUCUCCCACGCUUGCAUUGAGAUGAUUUUGCAGCACUCUUUCAAAGCCAAAGCUUCCAAAAGGUGUGAUUUCACCCCCUCAGUUCAAAGAUGGAAUCUACCGUGGGAGGACAAGGUUAUGGUCAACCUUGAUACUGCCAUCUUCUUACAAUCUGAAUAUAUUGGUGCUGGUGUUGUACUUUUGUGUCCAGUGAUCACUUCUAUGAGAAUGUGUGAUCACUUCUAUGAGAAGGUUUGCGAUCCUGAACCCGCUGAAGUAAUGGCCACUCGAUGUUCUUUUAUC